UGCGAGAAGGGCCGCGACUCCGACGGCCCCGAGCAGGGUGCAGAUGAUGACCACCCUGAGGUUGAGGACGGAACCAUCGUGGGAGGUGGAGGCAGCGCCGGCCGGAAGGCCUUCACCUCGGGCAUGAAGGAGAUGGCUGUGCUUCGGGAGAAGGCCAACGACCAGCAUCGCCAAAUGGGCAAGGGUGGCAAGCACCCACCCGGCCCGGAGGACUCCAAGAAGCUCCGGCCCCCAUCUCCCAGGACCCCCUGCCAGCAGGAACUGGACCAAGUCCUGGAGCGUAUUUCCACCAUGCGCCUUCCGGAUGAGCGGGGCCCUCUGGAGCACCUCUAUUCCCUGCACAUCCCCAACUGUGACAAGAACGGCCUGUACAACCUCAAACAGUGCAAGAUGGCUGUGAAUGGGCAGCGUGGGGAGUGCUGGUGCGUGAACCCCAACACCGGGAAGCUGCUUCAGGGAUCCCCUACAGUCCGUGGGGACCCGGAGUGUCAUCGCUACUACAAUGAACGGAUGCAGUAAACCAGCCGGUGCCUGGCACCCCCUGCCCUCUCUCCGAACACAGGCAGAGAGAAUGCUUGGGUGGUGGGUGGGGGAAGGCUUCCCAGGAGUUUAACACAUGUAUUUAUACUGGGAAA